UUUAUUUUCUGUCACUUAGUUCAUUCAUUUAUUUGUCAAAUUGUCAUACGCGUCGCCGAUGUGUCAGUGGGCGAUCGUUGUAUAGCGUGUUAUUUGUGUCGUAAAUGUGGUUCGAUUAUGUGAUAAUGAGAAGACAUGCGCUUUACAACAUUAUUAUUAAGUGAUGCAUGUGUUUUGAGUUCAGUGUCGUGUUAAAAAACGUUGUUUUCAUUUGUAUGUCAUCGGACUCUUCAAUAUGGCGGCCCCUCGUCACAAAUCACAACAGAAAAAUAUAUCUUCGAUAUUUUCGAAGUUGCACGGGGCGUUCUCGGAUGCGGUAUGCCCUACUAAACUUGCGACCGAUAAAAGGACAUUGGAUAAGACUUGGAAACUGAUGGAUAAAGUUGUGAAAUUGUGUCAGCAUCACAAGAUGAAUUUGAAAAACAGUCCGCCGUUUAUUCUGGACAUUCUGCCGGAUACGUACCAGCGUCUGCGUAUUAUUUACUCGAAGUACGAGGACAAUAUGCAGGCGUUGAACAGUAACGAACAUUUUAACAUAUUUAUAAUUAAUUUGAUAAGGAAAUGUAAGCAGGCUAUAAAGUUGUUCAAGGAAGGGAAGGAAAAGAUGUUUGAUGAGAACUCUCACUACAGACGUAACCUGACGAAGCUUAGUUUGGUGUUUAGCCACAUGUUGAGUGAGCUGAAGGCAAUGUUUCCGAACGGAACUUUUGCCGGCGACCAGUUCCGCAUCACGAAAAGCGAUGCUGCCGAGUUUUGGAGGACUAACUUUGGAAACAGCACCCUGGUACCAUGGAAGAUAUUUAGGGAGGAAUUGAACAACGUGCAUCCCAUAUCAUCUGGUUUGGAGACCAUGGCGUUGAAAACCACUAUCGAUCUCACUUGCAACGACUUCAUAUCGAAUUUUGAAUUUGAUGUUUUUACAAGACUAUUCCAACCAUGGAGUACGUUACUCCGGAACUGGCAACUGUUAGCUGUCACGCAUCCAGGAUAUGUGGCGUUUUUAACAUACGACGAAGUCAAGGCGAGGCUCCAGAAGUAUAUACACAGGGCUGGCAGUUAUGUGUUUAGGUUAUCAUGUACGCGGCUCGGCCAAUGGGCGAUAGGCUACGUGACGGUGGACGGUGAGAUCCUACAGACGAUACCACAGAACAAGAGCUUAGUGCAAGCUUUAUUAGACGGAUAUAGAGAGGGAUUCUACCUUUACCCAGACGGUCGGGACGUGAACCCAGACCUAAGCAGUGCAAUCAUAUCACCGGCAGAAGACCAUAUCACUGUUACACAGGAACAGUACGAGUUGUAUUGUGAAAUGGGUAGCACUUUCCAGUUAUGUAAAAUUUGCGCGGAAAACGACAAGGACAUCAGGAUAGAACCUUGCGGACAUCUAUUAUGUACGCCCUGCUUAACUGCGUGGCAAAUUGACUCGGAAGGUCAAGGUUGUCCCUUCUGUCGAGCAGAGAUCAAAGGAACUGAACAGGUCGUAGUGGACGCAUUUGUACCACCACGCCCGCCCAACACUACGUCAGAUAAAAACACAAAGACUGCAGUCAAACCGGUGUCGUCGAAUUCAUCCGGUUCAUCCGGAUCGUCCGGUUGUAAUGGUUCAAGUGUGGACGUGACGAUAUCAGGCAGUGCAAACGGCUGGGCGUCACGAAACACGACAUUCAACGGCCUCACAGAUGACAUUGACGAUGCUGAGGAUUGGGCAGAAUUCAACGCGGCUACUUCCACAAUAGACGCUUUGCGGCCAUCAGUGCGUUCGCCGGGCGCUUCGCCCCGUCACAGCCCAAGAGCGCCGCGUAGGGCUCCGCAGCCCAACGAGAAUGCGUAUGGGGAGUUACGAGCACCCCCAUUACCGCCCAGGAAGAGCCUAUCUCCGGCCGAACCUGCUAUCGUUGCUGCUUCAAGUGUUCAAGAUAUUGCAGCUGCGAGUAGUGCUCACACGGAGCCACGAAGACGAUCCUCAUUAGAACCGGAGCCUGAUUCCCGACAUCGGCUCACGUCAAUCAUCACUGGCUCCACGGAAACGAUCACAGGGGUCAUUGACACCAGACAUGAGGUGCCACCUGACCCAAGGGCCUUUGAGAAACCCCGCCGAGCUUGUACACCGCAGUCAAACAGCCGUCCCCUCCCAGCUCCCCCACCCGAACGACCCGCAGAAACCCCCACUCCCACCGAACCAAAACCAGAGCGACACCUACCAGACAACCGAUACAAUAACGAAAGACAAGAAAUCCCAAAUAGACAAGAAAGACCACCAGAUAACCGCAUAGACCGACAUCCACCAAAUCUCCCCGAAAAUAGGCACCCUGUUGCAGAAAAUAGGCACCCUGUCCCCGAAAAUAGGCCGAAUGAGAGACACGUGCCAGAACGUCACCAAGAAAAUAGACCAGAAAGGGCCGAGAGGCAAGAACGCCACAUCCCCACCCCAGAGAGGCAAGAAAGACAUUUACCAGACAACAGGCAUGAGAUCCGAGUUCUGGAUAACAGGCAAGAAAGGCACGUUGCUCCUAUCGAAAAAUCGGAGAGGCAUUUACCAGUAUCAGAUUCUAGGCAUACGGAUUUCCGUCUACCUCCGGAAAGACCGCCAGAGAAACCCGAUAGGAUUAUUGAAUCUAGGAGUAGUUUUGAUCGGGAGACACGGCUUGAGAAUAGGGCGCCGCCCAGGCAAAGGUCUUUGCCAGCGACGACCAGUGGAAGUGUGGAUCAGCCGACGAAGUCCACCACAAUGCCCAAGUUUCCAUCAGAAGACAUAAAAGACCCACCGUACGAGAAUGUGGCUGUGGAGAAGAACGAGUUGGCUGUAGCACCUAAAAAAAUCAAUCCUCUUACACACGACAAACAUGGACGGAAGUACGGCGAUAACGUGUCGUAUGAAAACAUAAAUUUAGAUUACAUCGCUCGCUUGGUAGGAGAGGGGUACCCAAAAGAUAUCGUGGUCCGCGCAUUGGGCAUCACACGUAAUGACCUUGAAAUGGCUUGCGAUAUAUUACACGAGUUUGGAUCUAAAGUACCUAAUAAAUGUUAAAAGUAGAUAGUUUGUUCUUUGAAUUGGGCGUUGCUUGGAGUAUGUUGAGGUUUUGUGUUCAAAAGUAAUUAAUAUCAAUCAUUUUUUGUUC